GAUGGAAGUUGUGGGGCUCUGCAGGAGGGGGGUGCAUAGGUCCCCCAAUCUCUGGGGCGCAGGGCAGGCUGUCAGGGAGAUGGCGGAGGGGGUGAGGAGUCUGAAGGAGAUGCCAGGACCCAGCACCAUCACCAACCUGGUGGAGUUCUUCUGGAGAGACGGGUUCAGCCGCAUCCAUGAGAUCCAGCGAAAGCACAUCCGUGAAUAUGGCCGAAUCUUCAAGUCGCACUUUGGUCCUCAGUUUGUGGUGUCGAUUGCAGACAGAGACAUGGUUGCUCAGGUUCUACGGGCCGAAAGAGACGCUCCUCAGAGAGCCAACAUGGAGUCCUGGCAAGAAUAUAGGGACAUGAGAGGACGAUCCACCGGUCUUAUAUCUGCGGAAGGUAAGAAGUGGCUCGCCAUGCGCAGCGUUCUACGUCAGAAAAUCCUGAAGCCCAGAGACGUGGCCGUAUAUUCCGGGGAAAUCAAUGAAGUGGUCCACGACUUAAUCAAGAGGAUCCACUUCCUACGAUCUCAAGAAGAUGAUGGUGAAACUGUGACCAACGUCAAUGACCUCUACUUCAAAUACUCUAUGGAAGCUGUGGCCACCAUAUUGUACGAGUGCCGGCUCGGCUGCCUGAAUCAGCACGUUCCCAAGCAGACCCUGGAGUACAUCGAAGCCCUGGAGCUCAUGUUCAGCAUGUUUAAGACCACGAUGUACGCCGGCGCCAUACCUAAGUGGUUGCGUCCAUUCAUCCCCAAACCCUGGGAGGAGUUCUGUCGCUCCUGGGACGGCCUCUUCAGAUUUAGUCAGAUCCACGUGGAUAACAAGCUGAGGGAGAUUGAAUCCCAGCUCGAGAAGGGGGAGGAGGUUAAAGGGGGGCUCCUGACGUCACUACUGAUCAGUAAGGAGCUAUCUGUGGAGGAGCUCUACGCCAACAUGACCGAGAUGCUCCUUGCUGGAGUCGAUACGACCUCAUUUACACUCUCUUGGGCGACCUACCUACUGGCCAAAAACCCUAGUGUCCAGCAGACCGUUUAUGAUGAAAUUGUCCAGAAAGUAGGGAAGGACGUGGUGCCCACCGCAGAGGACGUCCCCAGGGUGCCACUCGUGAGAGCCGUGCUGAAGGAGACCCUCAGAUUAUUUCCAGUUUUACCAGGGAAUGGCAGAGUGACCCAGGACGAUCUGGUGAUCGGAGGAUAUUUGAUCCCUAAAGGAACCCAGCUGGCGUUGUGCCACUAUUCCACCUCGUAUGAUGAGGACUGCUUCUCUGCGGCAGAAGAAUUCCGGCCCAGUCGCUGGUUGCGGCACGGACACCUGGACAAAGUCGAGAACUUUGGCUCCAUUCCAUUUGGCUAUGGAAUCCGCAGCUGCAUCGGGAAGAGAAUCGCGGAACUGGAGAUUCACCUGGCGCUUAUACAGCUCCUUCAGAAAUUUGAGAUCAAGACGUCACCGAAGACUCAAAGUGUCCUUCCAAAAACACACGGACUGCUCUGCCCAGUGGGCGCCAUCAAUGUAUGUUAUGUGGACCGUAAGUGACGGAGGUGCGAUCUCAAGCCACUGAAGGACUACAACCCCUAUUGGGAGAAUUUAUGAAUUCCAGACUUGGGAUUUUUAAGCGGCGGAGCGUUUGAUGUGAAGGAGAUUGUGACAGACGUUCUUUCUUGCACUUUCCUUGUACUGUACGAAGUAACCAAGAAAUCUGCCCCAAGACAGGAAAUGGAAGGGACGACUUCCCAAAUUGCCUCCCCCUAGUUUAUUGGGCCCCAGGACAUCUUGGCAUCAUCUGAUGUGGCAGAUUAUGGUACAGAACAUUUUGGCAUCAUUUUAGUUUAUAAUAGAUUUUAAUUUUUCUUGGAUUUUCCUCUAAAUUAAAUGUUCUGCAAAUUUCUAAUAGACUUUGAUUUUCAAUUCCACACUAUUGUCAACAUCUCUGCUGUCGGUCAUUGAGUAGGAACCUUCUACUUGCACAAACUCCACCCUGCUCACACAGCUGAGGGCUUGUUACAAUUGUAUCCAGUUUAGUCCAGUGUAUCAGUCUGGGGUCCAUAGAGGAUUUCUGACACUGGAUACAAUUGGACAAAGCCUCUCGGCUGUGACUAGUAUUCAGCCUAUGAUAAAGUUAAUGUUCCAUUCAGUGACAGCAAGUGGGCAUGGAUCUGAAACAUGGUUUUAUUAGAAAGUUUCACAUCUCUUUCAUAUACAAGAAUGAAGCCUUAGCUCUACACGAGCAGAAGACCUGAUUCCCUACAUUGACUUAGUAACUAGAAAUUCUUAAGUCGCCCGUUGUCUCAAGUUAUUAAUUUCCUAUCCAGCCCUUGAUACAUCGAUUUCAAUGUCACCUGGAUUUACUAUAGAAUCCUGAGUCAGGAAUUUGGGAAAGCUGGGUGUCCUGAAUCUGUGGUAUCGUGUAGUGUGACCAGUAAAUAAAUAAAUGGGAAGUUCUGCGACUUUUUGAUACUUUGUUGCAAUUCUUCACAUUUUAUGAGAUCUUGGCUUUCUGACAGGUAAUGAAACCAUGUAUGUUUAUUAAACCCCUACAGACCCUAUUGCUUCUCACAGCUGAGGGUUUGUCUCAGUUUAUACAGUAUCGAUGUUGUCAGCCUGGAGCGUUUUCUAGAUUGGACACAGUUGUGGCAAACGCUGCGAGAAGCUUUACAGUAUGUUUGCAAGGAGGAUUUUGGACACUGGUUUCAGUGCGUAAAACUGGGCCGAAUCUGUGCUGAAACCGUCUCCCAUUGUUUUCAGUAGGAGGCCGCGCUGCAGCUCAUACGGCCAAGGAUUUUCAAAAUCACGACAAGACUGUACAGGUCCAUUCUUGGCACAGUUACCGCGUGGAUCCUCACAAAGCCGCGGCGGGAGCCUGCUCGUGGUUUAGUUCCAUUCAAUGGGGGGGUGGAUG